AUGAGGCUUAAAGAUCAGAAUCUCAAAGAGAUUGCGCCUUUGACAAAGGAACUGAAGUUCCUGCCGGUCCUUCCAUUUGCCGCGGCCAUUGUUGCCCAAAGGGGCCCCUUGCAGCCACCGUGGCGUUGUGACCCGAAAAUGGCCGUCGACCCUGAGCCUUGGUGGAAUGGUCGUUGGGGUGAAUGGCGUGGUGUGAUUCAAGAUGAUGAUGAACCCGUGCAGGGUGAUGCAGGUCCUUCUCAGCGGCCUGAUGGAUAUGCCGAACAAGACGACAGAACAUGGAUGGCUCACCAACUCAGAGCCCUAGUCGAAAAGUUGCCACUCACCGGAAACCACAUGGUGCUGAGGAUUGCGUACUAUGAGCAACAAUACAACUGGCUUGAUGAUGGAUGGAAUUCUUCUGAUUGGGGUGAUUCAAACUACUCAACAGGGGAUGCUUUUGCUGCUCAUUGGAAUGAUUCUGGAAGCCCAAGUGGCGAUGUUGGUGAAAUGGAUCCGCCUGAUCCUGAUGAUCCAGCCUUGAAAGAGGCGAUGGAUGCCGAGCGUUCGGCUGAAGCAAUGUUCAAUGAGGCAAGACGCACCUGGUCCCAAGCUCAACAAGCUACAGCCUCCUUGCGUCGUGACCGUGGAUUUGGCCAACAUGCGCAUGACUCUGGAAAAGGUAAGGGAAAAUGUUUCAACUGUGGGGGAAACCAUUAUGUUCGAGAUUGUCCUGAUCGUUUACACCCUGGUCCCCGAAAAGGAGUUGGAAAACAUUUAUCCCAAGCUGAACUUGAUGCGUAUUUGUUGAAGGGCAAAGGCAAGGGCAAAUUCAAGGGUCUUCAUGCGGUAAGUUGGGACGAUGGUUGGUAUGGGGAUAGCUAUGAAAACUAUGGCAUGUUCAAGGGCAAGGGCAAAUAUGGUAAGAACGUCAAGGGCAAGUACAAACCCUCCUUGAAUACCUAUGUCAUGGACUAUGACUACCAUUCUGCCUAUUGUUUGGAGCUUUUCCCAUUAGAGUUGUUUUCCACCUCACAACCUUCCACGACGGGUCCUCACCGUUCAGUUCCCCUUGGGUUUGGUAUGUUGGAUUGUGGUGCAACUGCUUCAGCGGGACCAGAGUCAUCCGCAAAGUUGCUGAUUUCCAAGUUGCGUGAAAUCGAUCCUCAAAUUGGUGUUCAUUUGGAUGAUUCUCGAAGACCUUAUUUUAGGUAUGGUUCUGGCCAAUGGGGACAAUCACUAUACCAUUUGACCUUGGUUUCAGCGAAAAAUCCUGCAAGAACUUUUGAGAUGUAUACCUUGCCUGACCCCGAUGGUUUUGUCUAUGGUUGGUCUUCACCUUCACAACUGGUACCCAUUCUUGUUGGCAUGGAUCAUUUACAAAAGAUCGGUUUGGUUCUGGAUUUUUCUGAUGGAUUUGCACUACAUGGUGCUGAACCUGAAGCUGAACCCUAUUGCCUGCACAAGAACCCCAAGGGUCACUUCAUGAUUGACUUGGUGUACUACCUGUGUGGUGUGAUCUCCGAUGCCGAGGCCAUUGACACCUUUGCGGCAACCAUGGAUGGCGCUUCGCCUCAAUCUUCAGGACAGGGAUCCUGGCCGUGGUUGGAAUUGGGUCCAAUGGAGUUGAUGGCACACGACCGAGCUCUACCAGCAGAUCCUCGAGAUCCUCGCAGCCAAUCAACAUGGCCUUGCAACGGCUCUCACGAGCACAAGACCAAUGGUGGCAACGCUUCGGGCACUUGGUCGGAUUGUGCAACAUGCGGCCUGAGGCUGAGCUAUGUUCCUCGUCAAGGUACUCCAGCAAAGUACAUGACCCAGAAUGCCCCGGAGGUCAUUACCAAUGCCCUGAAGAUGCUGAAGGAGCACUUGACCGAGGACCAAAAGCCCAAUGCCAGCAUGGUGAAGACUUGCAUCAGGCUGGUGGAAUCUUCGAUGGCGAUGGAGGCGCACAAAGCCAAGCUGACCUUGAUGGAGGCCCACCACCAAAGCCUCAAAGCUCACCUCCAGCUGCUCCUUGCCGCGCCAGUGACCCAGCUAUGCGAGGAGGAUCAGAACGAAGCCCAGAGUCUGCUGUCAAUGCUGACCGGAGACGAAAUUGCCAGGCUGAGAGAGAUUGCUGCAGAACGAGUUCAAGUGUUUCCCAUGUCUCCGCCCGACUCCGAGGUGGAACAAUCCAUGAAGCCUGCUGAUGAUGCGAACCGUUUUCAUGUUGCUGAUCGUUUGGUUGAGACUGAUACGAAGAUGGUUAGCCUCCCUUGUGAUCAACUUCAUGGCAACUCCUUUGCUGCGGUGAUGAAUGCUCAGGACAACAAUGAGCCUGAGGAUGCGUCUUUAGCUGGGGACUUUGAGCUUUUGCACUUUGUCGAGUUUUGUGGCCUACCUUUGAAGAUUGGCCGUGCUGCAGCAUCCUUGAUGGCAAUGCUGAUGCUUCAUGCUCAAGUAGGUCUUCAAGGUCUACUACGUGGUGAUGAAAGGGUAGAUUGCUGGGAGCUCUUUUGUGCACCUGACAGCUGGCUGACCGCUGCCUGUCAAUCUGAAGGACUUCGAGCUUCCCGCAUCAACCUUCACCAAGGCUAUGACUUGUACCAGCCUUCGACCUAUGAUGAGCUGCGAGAAAGAUUCCACCGUGAAAGACCUAAACGUGUCUGGGUUUCAACAAGAUGCACAUACUGGUGCCCAUGGACUUCUUUGAACUACCGGUCCAUUGAGCAAAAGCAAAACUUGGAGAAGUUCCGGCGCAAAGAACGAGCUAUGUUCAAGCUGCUCAUACCCUUCCUGGUGGAGAUGCUCACUGCAUACCCUGACACUGAGCUGUUCUGGGAAUGGCCUACAAGAUGCUAUGGCUGGAAAGAAUCCUGGCUGGAAACCUUGCAACGUGAGCUUCAUCGACUUGACCGUGAUUGGCUUUUUGGUCGAAUCGAUGGUUGCAGGUAUGACCUUCGCUCUGAGCUUGGACUUUUGCUGCAGAAGCGAUGGACAAUUGCCACAAGCUCCAACAGCUUCUUCCAGACCUACCGCAACAAGACCUGCGUGGGCAACCAUGACCACGACUAUGUGCAGGGAUUGGAGACCAGCCGCAGUGCGUACUACCCUUGGAAGAUGUGCAAGUCCAUUGCACAACACUGGCGCCGAGAACUUUAUCCUGAAAAGUGGCUUCAUCGACUUCACUCUCCACUACCUCUUCACCUUAACAUGGCUGAGCAAGAACACACCUUGCGGUUGGACUUGAUGCCGCAGAUGCUCCAAGAUGAACAACCUUCAGCACAAGAUCUUCGCACUUGGCAACUUCAACUUCUGAAGUAUCACAAAGCUGCUGGCCACCCCAACAAUUACAAUUUGGCCAGGAUAGUGAAGGACAGUGGUCGAGCCAAGUGGCAAGUUGAAGCUGCUCUCAAACUUCACUGCGAUGAUUGCCAUGCUCUUCAACGAGGCGGUGAUUCAAGUGGCAAGAUUCCUCCAGCUUCCUUGAGAGCAACACCUUCAGCGUGGGAAAUGGUUGGACUUGAUGCCUUCGAAUGGAAUCCACCACACUCUGACAAGAAGUACAAGAUACUUGCGUUCAUGGACUUUGCAACGCACUUCAAGGUCAUCCAUGUGGUGAGAGAGUACGGCAUCAACCAACAACAAACUGAAUCAGCCCAAGAAGUACUGGAUGGACUUUAUCAGUGCUGGCUGAAAGACAAACCCAAAAUGAAGAUCUUGGUGCCUGACAAUGCACUCACUAUGAGAGGUGACCUGAUGCGCUCAUUUCUUUCUGACGUGGGCAUCCAACUGGAAGUGCCACCCGUGAAGGAGAGCUGGAGUCAUGGCAUUAUGGAGCGAUGUGUCCAAGAGAUCAAAACGGAGCCUGACGAGAACGAGGAAGAGGGUCCACAUCUUCCCCUUCAACCUGAUGCUGACACCAUGAAAAUGCCUGAGUAUGUGCCCAAAACGCGACACACUACAAAGUCCGGACCCAAGUGGCAUCAAGUUUUACCACCACCUGCUGAGCCCAUGCCUUCCAUUUUGGAAGAAUUGCCACCAGUGCCACCUGACACUGCACUGGAUGAAAACGAUGUGGUUCCAUCACCUUCUACUCCAGCUGAUGAUCCCUUGAAUGACUAUGGUGAUCCCACAUACGUUCCUGAUAGCGAUGAAGAUGUUGGCAACACUGGCAUAGGCAGUGGCCGUGGUGAUAGUGAUGCUCCGGAUGAUGGCCUUUCUCAACAACAACCUCUUCUACAACCCCGAGCUUCUUCUGACAAACCACCUCCUUCAAAUGAGCCUGAAUCCAAAAGACAGCGUGUUGAAGAUGAAGAACAAGCACUCUACAACUGUUUUAUGGAAGUGGAGGAGUGCUACAUGCUUUCUGUAGAGUUGGAUGUCCUUCCAUUUGCCGCGGCCAUUGUUGCCCAAAGGGGCCCCUUGCAGCCACCGUGGCGUUGUGACCCGAAAAUGGCCGUCGUGUUGGCCUUGCUAUGA